AUGGCAUCGGGGCCACUUCCACAAAAUUUCAGGCACUUGCUAGUCGGAGGUCAACGGGUUCUUGUCUUGGUGACAGCAAGUGCGGCGGAAGCAGACGAGUGGGUUAGGGGGGUCGAGGAAACUCCAUCGCCGAGGAGGGUCGUCGGUCUCUCCUUCUUCUGGGAGCCGUUGCUCCUCCACGACGGUUCCCUCGGGCGGAGAUUCAUCUCCAUCAACCUCUCAUACAUGACGGAUGUGCUGGUGUACGGACUCUCCUCGGAGGAGAACGACGCCAUUGCCCCCCGCGUCGUCAACUUCCUCUGCGAUCCCUGCAACUUCUUCUCCGGUGACGACAUCAAACAGAGCCUGCGGGCACUCGGGUUUCACGGCAGCCGCAGACACAGCCUCACGAUGGAGCUGGUCGGGGUGGCGGCGAUCUGUGGCGUCUCCCCCGCCGCCGUGUCCCCCAGCCAGCUUCCAAUUCAUGUGCGUCUGGCGGCGGUUCUUCUCACAGACGUGGAUGCAGGCCUUCUUCUCCGGCCAAACCUUUGGGAUCUUAUCCCCUGCUCUUGGCCGAUGACAGAAGUUCAGGUCCAGCUCUCAGCGGAGACGUCCUUCGUUGGUCAGAAGCUCGGUAUUUGUGCUUUCGCACGGAUCCUUUCUUAG